UCGAAUACAAGCAUGGCAGCGAAUCUGGAAGAGCUGAAUUUAAGUGCCGAUGAAUUGGAUCGAUUCAGCAAUGCCUUUAAAGAUGAGAAGUUUCGGGAGAUGUUCUUGCAGUAUGCUGAGGAAAUUAACGACCCAGAGAACCGUAGAAAAUACGAGGAGGAGAUUUCACUCAUGGAACAGGAAAGAGGAAUGGACAUUCAGUUCAUCCAUCCUCAACCCGGCCAUGUCCUUCUGACAAGUAUAGACGGCGUCCAAACAUGUUACCUCAACAUCUGCAGUAAUGAGCUUAUUCAGAAGCCUGAAUGUAAACCUGGGAGAGAGAGGGGAAAACAUGCUGGGCAGCACUGGGCUCUACCAUACAGCCUAGCACCUGGCAAAGAAGAUCUAGGAAAAGGGGGCAACAAGCAUAUGAUUUAUGACGUGGUUUUCCACCCAGACACUCUGUAUAUAGCAAGUAAGAAUGAAAAGUUUAAGAAAAUGGUUGAUUCUACUGCAUUGGAGGCAGUAUCUAAGCAGUUUAAUGUCGAACUUGAUCACAAAAAUGUUAAAACAUUGAGCGUGAAAUAUAAAGGUGUUCCACAAGCAUCUGUUCUUCGCAAACCUCGCCCUGGUGUCACUCAGAAACCAGAGGAUCCAAAUAAUCCUUUAUAUUUUCCCUAUCCUUAUGGUUCUCCAGGUAUAGCAGAUCCAGCAGGAAGGAAAACUUGUACAAAACCACUUAAAGAGAGCAAACUGAAUUCUGUUGCCGGGGAUAAAAGGGAUGCAACACUUAAAGCUGAAGCUACUGUGCCACAUUAUACAAUUCGACAUAGAACAUAUGUGGAUCUACAAGAUUAUAGAGGUUCUAGAGACUCUACGCCCAGCCCAAUACCCAAAGAACUGGUAAUAACUAUAGAUUUGCCAUUAGUGAAGUCAUCUGCAGAUGUCUCUCUUGACAUUGCAGGUAAGCAGCUAAGCUUAGAGUCUGAAACGCCUGCUUAUAAGCUGCAGCUAACACUUCCAUAUCCUGUAGAUGAAAAUAAAGGCAAAGCACAGUUCAACAAGGCCAAAAAACAGCUAGUCAUUACUGUGCCUGUAGUUCAGGAGAAUUAUCAGAUUCAAAUGCAGGGUCAGGAGUCAGAGACAAUAGAAGAUGAGACCAAUGAAGCACUUCCAAAUCAGUUGGUGGCUAAGAAUUCGGGAAAUGAAGAAAGUGAAUGCCAUUCAGCAUGUAAGCCAUCCAGUAAAUUAUUCUGUGAUUAUGAAAAGGUACACGAUGCUAUCUCAGAAUCUGUUAAAGAAAUUGCAAUAACAGGAGUAUGUAAGUCACCCAGUACCUUGUCAACUGAUGUUGGAAUAGUAACAGAGACAACAUCUGAGUCUUCUGGUGAAACAAUAGGAUGUAAGCCAUUAGAAACAUUAGCAAAUCAUGAUGAAAAAACAUCAGAAGCAACUUCUGAAACCACUGGGGAAACAUCAUGUGAUAAACCAUCCAAUACCUUUUCCAAUGGUAAUGAGAAAGUACUAGAUACAACAUGUAAUUCAUCAACUACCUUAUUCUGUGAUGGUGAUAACUCACUAGAAGGGAUUUCUCAGUCUGUUGAAAAAACAGCAAUAUGUAAGCCAUCCAAUAUCAUAUCAAGUGAUGAUGAUAAAACACAGGGAUCAGCCCUUCAGUCUGUUUCAGAAACAGCAAUACAUAAGCCAUGCAAUACUUUACCAAGUAAUGAAAACGCAAAAGGAGCAAUCUGCGUAUCUAUUGGGGAAACAGCAAUAUGUGACCCAUGCAAUAAGAUAUACAGUGAUGGUCACAGAGCACAAGAAGCAAACUCUGAAUCUAUUGGAGAAGCAACAACAUCAUCAGAUAAGGUUUAUACAGGGAAAACCGAAACCUUAUUACCAGUAGCACUGUCAGGAUUACAAGGGAAUAUUGAUAAAGAAAAUACCUUAGCUGAAAGUGUGUGUCCUACUUUCACAUGUACACAAGAUACCACAUCACUAACUUUAAUUAUACAUGUUAAAGACAUAGAGGAAAGCACUAUAGAGACAGAAGUGGGCAUCGAUCAGUAUCAGAUUUCUUUUUCUACAAAGCAUGCAAGUGGCCAUUAUAUUUUGAUUCUGCAGUUUCAAGCCUCACAAAAAGUCAAUGACAUUGAAAACUCUGUUAGUAUCUCUAAAUAUAAUGCAGUUAUAGGACUGACAAAAUCAAGUGAAAGCUUUGGACUUUGGGAAAAGAUAUAUUAUGGCAACAACAAGGACCACUUACAGGAAAGAAAAUUUAUCAGUGAAGAGACCAUUCAAGAAUUAAUGGAAGAACCUCUUCAACAACCACUUUCUGCUUUGACAAAUCAAGGUGACCAGCUAUCUUUUGAGGUUCUUGAAAUGACAGAGGAAAGAACCCAUAUCAGGAUAAGUAAACCAGAAACAGAAAAAGAGGAACAAAGUGCAGAUCUAGCUGAGAUAAAAAAUACUCUAAACGCUGAGUUAAAUAUUACACACAAUGCUGCCGUAACAGAGGACGAACUUCAAAAGUCACCUGCUGAAGAUAAAAACACUGUGGACUUAUCUGGUCAAGUGUGUGACUGUGUUGAGCAGCAGGAGGACAUUUUGGUAACUGCAGAGUCACAGUGUGAAAAGGAACUAAAGAAUUUUGGAUCAAGGGCAAUAACAGAUCAAAACAUUACAAAUUCUAGUGUAGGAAUGAAUGUUGUGUGUUCUAAAGCCAAAGAGGAGAUAUUACAGUGUAAAGAGCUUGACGAAGAUGACCUGCCGGAUGAUACAGAAUGCACAAGCACUCUAGCAAGUAGUGAACGCUCAUCCCAAAUCUUAAAGGAAAUUCAGAAAGAUGGGAGUGAGCACGCCAUCACAGAUCACACCGCACACUGCGCAUUCGUAUUCCAAAACUCAUUAUUAUAUGAUUUAGACUAAUAUGUUUUUAAAGUGGUAAAAAGAUUUACUAAACCAUAUUUAAAGCUAACUCUCAUGAAAAAUGUGUAUUAUAACGUAAAAUGAUUAAUCAGUGGUACUGAUUGACACUUUUUACUCUUCAUGACACUUAGCUUUAUUGGUUUGCAUUUUCAAUUUCUGGUUUUGAUAAACAACAUUCUAGUAUACAAAUAAAAUUUGUUAGAAUAUA